CGGUCCGUCCGGCUGCGGGAAACGGAAGCGGAAGUGCCGCCAUCUCCUCGUACCAUCCGAGCAACAGCAGGGUCAGUACAGACAUUAUUUGCGAAAGUAGCGCUAUUAUGUUAGUAUAAGCGGCUGUAUGACACGUUAUAUGUUUAAAUGACGAGCACGGCUCGAAGGGCGAUAGUCGUGAAGGAAAACCGCGGUGUCGUCUCUCUGUCACGCACUCAGGCGCGUCUCUUUAUGAGUUGAGUUAGCAUAGCGCGGCGCUCCCGUCUCUAAAUGAGUGUUUUUAAUUUAGCGCCGUGACAGAGGCAACAGCGCUUCCCUUUACCCCCGUCUUCACUGAUAAUAACCCGCUUUCUGCUGCUCGGCUGGAUGUCUGGUCGUGUUUGAGAGGAACAACAGAAGCUCGGCGUUAUUUCACCCCACAUCUGUGCUUCUGGGCCCUCAUGUGGCCGCCGUGCGGAGGUUUGGAACAGUGGACAGGCUAAACACUGAGAGACCCCGACCUGAGCGCACACGCACACACACAGAGAUCGAGAGGGGGGGAGAGAGACAGACACUCCCAGAUUUUGCAGAACCUGAUAGCCAGCCUGUUGCCAUGUCGACAUCAUCGCUGCGGCGACAAGUGAAGAACAUUGUUCACAAUUACUCAGAGGCAGAGAUAAAGGUUAGGGAAGCAACCUCUAAUGACCCAUGGGGUCCCUCUAGCUCUCUGAUGUCAGAGAUUGCUGACCUGACAUACAAUGUAGUGGCCUUCUCAGAGAUUAUGAGCAUGGUCUGGAAAAGACUCAACGACCAUGGGAAGAACUGGAGACAUGUAUAUAAAGCUAUGACUCUGAUGGAGUAUCUGAUAAAGACAGGUUCAGAGAGAGUGGCACAGCAAUGCAGGGAAAACAUCUACGCCGUUCAGACUCUCAAAGAUUUCCAGUACAUUGACAGAGAUGGCAAGGACCAGGGUGUGAAUGUACGGGAAAAGGCCAAGCAGCUGGUGACUUUGCUAAAAGACGAGGAGAGGCUACGAGAGGAGAGGAUCCAUGCACUCAAGACCAAAGAGAAGAUGGCACAGACUAGCAGUGCAUCUUCGGCCCCUUCUGCUCCUGCUUUAGGGGGAGGACUGCACUCGGGAACAGACGCUGAGCAGGCGUGGCCCCAGAGCUCUGGAGAGGAGGACCUCCAGCUCCAGCUGGCACUGGCCAUGAGCAAGGAAGAGGCGGAGCAGACUAGCAAAGACCCUCUGGAAGAUGCAGAGAUCCGCUACGCACUCACAAUCAGCCAGGAGACUCACCAAAAGGAGGAGCGUCUGCGCAGGGGAGACGACCUGAGGCUGCAGAUGGCCAUCGAGGAGAGUAAGAGGGAGAAAGCCAAGCCCGAGGAGUCGUCUCUGAUGGAGUUGAGUGCCGUAGAUCCAUGGGGGGCCCCUGCAACGGGCUCUGCCGGACCCUCUCCGCCUCCUGCUUUGGCUCCUGCGUCUACCGCUGAGCCAUGGGGCCCGGCCGACCCAUGGGGAGCUGCCUCCCCCGCCUCUCCCCCGAGUGCCGACCCUUGGGGAGGAGCACCAGCAACAGUAGCCCCAGACCCAUGGGGCGACUCGUCCUCUAGAGUGAACUCUGACCCCUGGGCGUCCACAGCUGUGACCCCUCCAAGUGCUGACCCUUGGGCUACCUCAGUGGCUCCAGCCCCUACCCCGCUCUCAGGGUCAACUGAUCCCUGGGCAGCGGAAGGAGCUGCUCCUGCCACUGACGGUCUGACCUCUGACCCCUGGAGUGGCUCAGUUAAACAAACUAAUGGCACAGCAGAUCUAGAGAGAAGAGGCUCCUCAGUGACAGGAGGUGAUGCUGGAGGUGGAGGCAGCACAGGCUCGCCCGUGCCCUUUGACCUUUCAUCGCUCGGUUCCUCCUUGCCUGUUCGAAAAACGCCAGAGUCAUUCUUGGGUCCCAAUGCUGCACUCGUGGAUUUGGACUCACUAGUAUCAUCAAAACCCAAACCUAAACAACCACCACCGCCAAGCAUCUCCUCCACAUCUCACAACCCCUUCCUACAGACACAGGGUCCCUCCUCAACAGGUAUGGGAGUUACCCCAGGCAGUACCAUUUCCAGUAGAGGGGUGUCUCCGACCCCACCUUCUGCUUCUAAUCCUUUUGGCGCGACCCCGAUGGCAUCCAUCUCCCCUCAACCUUCUUCGCUCGGUCUGAGCCAGCUCCGUACAAGCCCCAUUCCCCAGAAUCCUAUGCUUGGUCACAUGCCUCCACCAGCAGUGGGACUGGUUCAGCCGGGGAUGGGCAUGCCAGGAAUGGGGGUCCCUAUGGCGGCCCCUGGUAUGGGCAUGGGAAUGGUACAGUCCAGCCCAAUGGGCAUGCCUUUUGGUGGAAUAUCCCCCAUGGGUCCUGCAGGAAAUCCCUUGCUGAUGGGCCCUGGAGGCCCCGUGCAGCCUGCACUGAUUUUGGGUGGGCCGUCGGGGGUGGGUGGAGUGAUGGGAACAGGAGGAUCUAUGGGAGCUGGAACAACAGGCACAAGCACCAAUCCUUUCCUUCUUUGAGAGAUUUCACCAAUCCCACAUGCCCUGUCCACUAAAUCCAACCAAUCCAAACCUGCCCUACCAACACAAACAGUUUGUGUUUGACAAAAAAAGAAAUGUGUGUACAUCUCUAUAUUUAAUGAAAAUGUUAAAACAAAAAUGUGUUAUUUUCUUUCACAAAACAGCAUUUAAAUUUUUUCUUUUUAUUUUACACAGUAUUUGAAGUCUAUUUAUUUCCCUAUUAGUUAAUUUUUUUUCUUUGACAGACAUGGAUGAUUGGUGGGUUCAUUCAAUGAAUGCAGGCUGUUAAUAUUGUUAUAUUAUUAGGAUGAUUGUUAUUGUUCAGAAACAUGAAGAUAAGGGAGGAGGAAAACAAGCCACUAAUGAACUCAAUCAUACACCCCUUUCUCCCCCUUUCAUUGAGCUGGUGACCCUCUGAUGAAAGAGUGCAUGAAGGAUGACUGUGACGGGCUCGCCCUGAACAGACUGAGAAGAAUUCAGCUGUUUUAUUCACAACUCUAGUAAAAAAAAAUCAUUCAAUAGAUGUAUUACUUUUAAUUUAAUUUAAUGUGUAAUCUUGUGUAAUUUAUUUUAAUCAUAUGUUUCUGACUCCUGGGAUCGAUUAAACCAAGGAAAAUCGCACUGGAAAUUGCCAUUGAAACGGAUGCCUGCUUGGUCUCCUUCGACCACUUGCGAAAUUUCAGUCUACAUCAAGUGGUACACAUGAAGAGAUGCUGUGUGUGUGUGUGUGUGUGUGUGUGUGUGAGUGAGUGAGAGAGUGUGUGUGUGUGUGUGAGUGAGAGAUUCCUCUCCUGUGCUUCUGAUGGGGUUUUAUCAGCAUAGUCUCACUUUCAGCACUCUUAACUUGUUAUAAAGGUCCUUCUUUUCACACAUUUAUUUUUUGCAGUUGUAAGAAUCAAAGCAUUAAUUCGACACAUUCACGUGAGAAUCAGCCUGUCUUUGCAUUUCACUUCAGCACAUUUUUUCCUUGAACAUUUACAUAGAAAGUGGGAAAGUGUUAACGCUUCUGAAACUGAAAAAGAAAAUUAGCUGAAUGAUUAUAUGAAGUCAUAUAAAAUUGGGGACUGAAUGACAUGAUCCAUGCUGUUAUUCUUUAUUUACUUUCAAUGAAUUAUUUUAUAUAUAUGAAAAUUUUAGAGAGAUUUCUCUAAUAUUGGCUAUGGUCAAAAAUCGUGUGGUGUUGACUGUGAACAUUCACAUUUAAAAAUAAAAUGGAGGAAAAAAAAAAAAUCAAAGAAAUUUAAGAAAUAAAAAAAAAAUCCACAAAA